AUCAUACCAAAAGGACAAACAGAAACACUGACACAACUUUGACGACACAGGCAACAUAAAGUUCACUUAUGAGUCAGAAACAGACGGCAGUAUAGCAUUUAUGAACAUGAAAAUAACCAUGCAGACCGACGGGACCCUAAACAUAAACACAUGUAGGAAACCAACACACACAGACCAAUAUUUAUUAUGGACAUCAGAACACCCCACCAUACACAAAAGGUCAGUAAUCAGAACAUUAUAUCACCGAGCAAACAUGGUAACAGAAGAAAGAGACCACAAACAAGAGGACAAACAUAUACAACACGCUUUAAAGACCUGCGGAUACCCGACAUGGGCAAUAAACAAAGGAAAACGACAAACAACAACAACAGAAAGAAAAGAACAACCAAAGCAAAGAACCAGAAAGACAAGAACCAAACCAGUGAUAACCCUACCAUACAUCAAAGGCAUAACAAAAAAAAAAAUAAGAGCAACAAUAAAAAAACACAACAUUAACACACCAAAGAAACCAUACACAACAGUUAAAAACAGACUAGUGCACCCAAAAGGCAAAAUACCAGCUGGACAUAAAUGUGGAUUCAUUUACGAAAUCCCAUGCAAACUUUGCAAUAAAACAAACAUAGGAGAAACCGGACGCCAACUCAGCACACGAACAAUAGAACAUAGAAAGGAGUGCGAGAAAGAGGCAAGUCGAAAACAACAAGAGUAGCAAAACAAGAAGCAGAAAGUACAAUAAAGAAGUCAGCCGUAACAGAUCACUGCACAAGAGAAAACCAUGUAAUGGACUGGGACAACACAAGGAUCAUAAACACCGAACAACAGAAAUACAAAAGAUGGAUAAAGGAAGCCAUAGAGAUAAGGAGACGUGGAUGUGGGACCAUGAACAGAGACGAUGGGGUUUACACGUUGGAUUGUGCAUGGGACUGCAUCAUCGGAGAGGGGAGAUCGGGCAGCAGAGGGCAACAACGUCCUCUGCUGCCCGCGGAGUAGGAAGUGACGCGCCACCAUCAGCGUCAGCUCUUAGGAUGUUUGCAGAUGAAAGAACGUACCAAAGAGGUUUAAAGUCCAGCUAAAGGCUCAGGAACCCAAUGGAUGUGUUUUGAUGAUCACUUAGGACAGCAGUAGCUCAGGAGAUAGAGUAGGUAGAUUGCCCUGUUCUCACCCAGGCUACUCUGCUGUUCUGUCUUUGGGCAAAACACUUCACUUGCCUGUGUUGAUGGGGGCAGAUGGUGCAAAAUGGCAGCCUUGCCUCUGUCUGACCACUACUUAGUGGCUUACAAUCACCAGCUGUGUGAGUGCAAGAAUAACAGAAAGCACUUUGAGUGCUUUGAAAAGUGCUAUGUAAAUCUAAUCAAUCAAAACAAUUCCUAUAAUGUGACACUUUCAUUUCCUCGGAAAGCAACAUGAUUCUGAUUCUAAUUCAGUAUUAUGAUCACUUCCUGUUUCUCUCAGGAAGUUAGACUUGCGCUCAGGACUCUAAGUGAGCAAAUGCCUUUGCCAAUAAGGCAGAACGUCUUGAGUUAAACAGACUUCCACAAAAACUCGGAAAACGAGAGGUCAGAGUAAGUUUUUUUUUAUAGUUGUGUUUCAAUAUUUUAUCUAAAUUUACAGAUGUGUAGAGAAUCAGUGGUCUAGUAGCUGUAUUUUUCUAUCUCUUUAACUCACUUCUGUUCUUGACUGUUUAGAGAAUUCUGGGGGAUACUUUCAAAACAUUUUGCUGCAUGGUGAGUGAGACGUUCUUAUUAUCACUACAAUUUAAAAGCUUUGAAAUAUUCUAUUUAAACGUAGUGAGGAUGCUCCAACAAAUUGUUUUAAAUCGAGAAAUAGUCCCAUUUUUUUAGGUCUAACCAAAAGGGUUGAAUGUUUUUGACUGGACCAACAAGAACUUUUACCAGCAUCAUUUAAAGAUUAGAAAAAAAUUAUUUUUUUUAUGUGCAGCAUUUCCAAGUAAAUCAUUCUUGUACUUUCUUCAUGACAGGACAGGUGGAAACACUGAAAAUAUGGAGUUCAGUUUCAUAAAGAGGUUUGUCCUUUUCUGCAUUCUGGGUGUUAUGGUGUUCAUCUUCUACCAUGGAUGGCCUAGAAUAACCCAGUACCCCACCCUAAAUCCAUUAAGGAGUGAUGGAAAUCUGACAAUCCUGAUUUGGCACUGGCCUUUUGGCCAGUCAUUCAGUCUGAAGGGUGACGUUUGCUGGGAUCUCUACCAAAUACCUCAUUGUAAGCUGGUGGACCAGCGCUCCUUCUACCCCGCUGCUGAUGUUGUAGCGUUCCAUAACAGAGAACUGAUUGAUGGAAGUCAGAAGCUGCCCACUGACCUCCCUCGUCCACAGGGUCAGAGGUGGGCCUGGAUGUCCCUGGAGUCCCCUGAUAACAACGGAGACCUGCGGCGGUUUGCUAAUCUCUUCAACAUGACCAUAUCCUACAGGAGAGAUGCUGAUAUCACUGUACCGUAUGGUGAGCUGCUACCUGUGGAGACUGAGGAACACCUGGUGGAGGACAGGCGUGUGAAUAAAAGCUCUUUGGUCUGCUGGGUGGUCAGCAACUACAGGAGCCACUACAAAAGAAGCCAAGUGUACAAAGAGCUGAGUGCUACAGUUCCCAUCAAGGUUUAUGGCCGCUGGAGUAAUACACCUCUCUCCUCUGAAGACCUCUUACCUACCAUCUCACGCUGCUACUUUUAUUUAGCUUUUGAGAAUUCUGUGAGCAAAGACUACAUCACAGAAAAGCUGUGGUACAACGCUUACCUAGCAGGAGCUGUGCCUGUUGUGCUGGGACCAUCCAUAAAUCACUACAAAGCCGUGGCUCCGGAACAUUCUUUUAUUCACGUUGACGAGUUUGCUUCAAUAAAAGAUCUGGGAACGUACCUGCAACAGCUUGCAGGUGACAAGAAGAGGUACAACGAAUACUUUAACUGGAAAAAGCACUGGAAGGUGAAAAUGAACAAAGGCUGGAGGGAAAUGGUGUGCAAAAUCUGCACACGUUACGAUACUUUGCUUCAGCACAAGGUUUAUUAUGAUCUAGAGUCCUGGGACAAAACUACUCUUUAAUAUGAAUCUACAGAAAACGUCCACGUCUAUAGAUGUCAUAAUGCUACAGUCAUCAUGAAUAUUCCCAUUGUGAAGUGUUUUAAAAUUAUUUUCCACCGCUAGUCUGCCUACCAUAUACAAUACUCAGAUUAAAAAGGGAAGAAAUGGUCAUAUCCUGCAGCGUGAGACACAAAUAACAUUGGUUUAUCUCACCCCAGGAUGUGUGGUUGUUGGUUGCAGCUGAUGUUCUUCUCUCCUGAAAUGAAACCUGCUUCGUUGAAGCUUUAAACUUCCCCAGUCUAAUUAAAUUCUGCUGUUACUAAUA